CCGUAUCGCGGGUGUUUUCUCAUAGAUGCAAACAUUUAUUUCUGAACGCUUCAGAUAUGUUUCCUUUUCUGAACAUUUAUAUAAUUUUUGAUGAGGUAAACAUUAGGAAUAUGUGAUAGAUAAAUGUAGGAAAUUCUCUGGAUAUGGCAGGAGCUUUGAUUUGUGACUGACUCAGAUUAGUUGUGUUUGUGCGGCAGUUUACACUGUCCGUGUUUGUUCAACUUUCGUUUCACUUUUGUUCCGUUUUUACAAAACAAACAAACAAACAAACAAACAAACAGUUUCAAGUCUGUGGAGAUUCAGGAUGUUGGGAAAUGAGUUUGUAUUUCAGAUGUCGGGCCUGAAGGAUCUCCAGCAGAAAACAGAGCUGCUGCAGGCCAUCAGGCAGCUCCAGGGUCACUACAUAGGAGGAUCUGUUUACAAAGAGGCAAUGACGCAUCUCAUCACCGCUAAGCCAAUAGCAAGCGAGAAGUUCCUUGCAGCAUGCGCUGCAGGGAAAUGGAUAGUGACUCCUCAGUUUGUUCUGGACAGUGUAAAACACAAGGCAUGGCUACCUGAAGCCUCAUACGAGUUAAACCUCACAGCUAACGUUAAAGCCCCUCUGACUGAAAACCCUCUUCACAAAUGGAGGGAGAAAGUUGCCCAAGGCAUCACGUCGGGUGCUUUUCAGGAUUGGGUUGUUUAUCUUGAGAUUGAAGACAAUGCUAGAAGAGCCAUGUUUCAAAGAAUACUGAAAGCAGGGAAGGCUCGGUUCUGCACUGAUAAAUCGGCCACACAAACUAUUACACACGUGCUAACCAAAGACAAAACCUCUCGGAAGCUUGCUGCACCUUAUUUCAACAUCAGCUACAUAGCAGAACAUCUCUUUGGGGCGGUGUGCUCGAGUUUGAACUGGUCCAUUAAUUUGAACAAACCGAGCCAGCAGGCAAGUUGUGUUCCCCUAGAGGUCAUGGAGUGCGCUCCUGUAACAGUGGAGGAUGAACCAAUGGACGUUACAGAUGAUACUUUUCUGUUAAAGCUAGAGGAAACACUUAAAGACUACAUCACCAGAAUGGAGGUGCAGAAAAGAAAGCUGAUGAACGUCCCUGGAUUUUAUAGCUACUACACUCCCGUCUUUUCCAAAGUAGACGAGAAGAGUUGUUCUGUGCAGGACAGAAAGGUAGAUUUCAGUAUUGUUCAGAGCCUGGUGGAGUGCAGCCUCCUUGCCCAGGCCCUGGAAGAGGUUCAGGAUUGUCUGCACCCUGGCGUACGUCCUCCUCUCUCAAUGCUCCACGUGUUCAUGCAACACGCACUCCAUGGUGAAGCAGAGCCCUACUUUCUCAGCAUGUUCAGCAUUGUUCUGAACGACAUACUGUGCAAUAACCCGACAUGGCGCGAUACUGCAAGUGCCAGGUACUUCUCCAACAUCCUGCAGUGUCCGCAGUGUGAGAUGGGAGUGUGGCCGUUCCUGCAGACAUCCGUGAGGUUCUGCUUGGGGAGCACAGCGACCUGUCACUCAUUGCCUAGCCCCGCCUCUGUGGAGCUUCUCCGUUUCCAUGGCAACCUGCAAGAUUUCAUCCUCAGGCUGUUUCAGUUGGAGCUACACGCCAUGGACUCAGAUAGGUGGGCAGCGGACUCAUGGGGCUCCGUGCUCUACAACAUGUUCUGGAACGUGUGGGAGAAGAUGACGCUGAGCUCCAAAGCCCUCCAGCAGCUGGCUGAAUUGCUGGUGGAAACCACACUCUGGGCUCUUCACUCCUCUGAGAAGUGGAAGCUGCGAGUGUUGGGCACGCUGCAGGAGAUUCUGGCUGUGGUGGUGGAGUACUGGGCUCAGAAGCACUCUCAGCUCAACAGACGGAUAGUACAGAAAGGCUUUCAGGACCUUGCAGAGUACAUGGCUAUCCUGUGCCAAGACCUCCAUCCAGACACUCUGAGGGAGCUGGUUCCUGCUCUCCCGUCGCACAGCCUCAGGAUGCUCACUGCUGAUGCAAUCUACAGAAACAUCUGCACUAGGAACGGCCUGCUCAUCUGCUCUGAGCCGCUCUCCCUCCACAAGAUAGUUUUCUCCUACCUUAAGGCCCUGGGGCAGUUGUGUGGGUGCAAACCAAGGCAUCCGCCCAAGCAUCAGGCUGAGAGGACUGUCACACCCAGCUCAGACAGCCAGGAUACACGAGAAAGAGAGCGUGUGGGUGGCUCAGGCUUGGUGAAGGACAGAGCGAAGAACAUGCCAAAAGGUUUCCAUCGAGUCAAUUUUGCAGGGGAGACACUCCUGCAUCGAGCCUGCAAGAGGAACCAGGUGCAGACGGUGCUGAAGAUCCUCAGACUGCCUGGAGUGGAUGCCAAUGUUAAAGACCAUGCAGGCUGGACUCCCCUACAUGAAGCGUGUAACCAUGGCAGCAGGGAGUGUGUGAAGGCUUUACUGCAGCACUGCCCCGGCCUGCAGCUGGGAAGCCAGGUAGAAGGAGUGAGUCCACUGCAUGAUGCCCUGAAUAACCAGCACACAAACAUCGCCAAGAUGCUUCUGCGCCAUGCAGGUUCUGUGCUGUUGCAGUUGCGUGACUUUUCUGGUCGCACUCCUUUGGACCUGGUUUCUAGUGAGGCGCUGUGUGAGAAGCUCAUACGCUGUGCUGAAGAAGGAGAUGCAGCUCUGGCAGCCCAGAGCUCUGACGUAAGAGACAUGACUCUUGUGGAGACCUGCUCGUGUCUCCUCAGCUGCCUCCUCCUCACCUACUUAGCCGAACAGCACAUUCCCUCAUAUGAAAGUGCAGAGCCAGUGCUGGAGCUCAGUCCAGCUACAGCACAGACUCUGCUUAGCCUGAGCCCAGAGACAAUAAGCUCACACUGUAGAAACUCUACAGCAGGGGCUCUGGCCCAGGACCUGAGGACUCUGAUGAGUAUGGAGCAGUAUGUGGUGAAGCUGAGUCCUGCACUAACACGCUGCCAUGGGACACACACUAGUCUGCUCAUCCAGCUGCUGAAGGACCUGCAGGCUGAUGGGAUGGCACUGCUCAGCGGCGAGUCGGAACUGUGACCAACACCUAGCAUUUCCAUAUGUACAAAGAGCUGGUUCACAAUCAUUUGUUGAUAGGACCAACAAAAAUAUUCAGUCAUUUUGUCAUUAUUGUAAAUAAAAUAUUUUUUUAUUAUAAGAAAAUAUAUUAAACUUAAGCUAUAAUGCCUGUAUUAAG